AAAAGAAAAGAAAAAGAUAAUUUACUGAAUUCUUGCACUUUAAUAUAGGAACUUUAACUCAUUUGCUACAUUUACAUGGACACUCUUUUGUUUUUGAAUGAAAUCAUUCCGAUUGAUGAAUCCGAACAUAGUGUUUACAUGAACGCUAAAUUAAAUGAUUGGGUUGAUGUGCGCGUUUAUAUAUCACAAGCUUCAAAUCGGAAUUGAUUUUUUUGACAUGCGCACACUGCACAAAUACAGAGUUUCCCGCUGUUGGCGCAUACUAAGCAUCAUCCUUUCAUUGCUUCUUGUUCGGGUCCUAAUUAGGAGACGACGAGCACAUGAAGCUUUGUGCCAUGCUGCUUAUAUUUAUCAAGCAGUGAAAAUGACAUUUCCCCACCCAAAACAAGGUGUCUGUGGAUGAGUCUGAAGCAAGGACUGGUGGGACAACUUUGUCCUACACCACUUCACAGAUGAUGGGUGCAAGGACAAUUUUAGAAUGACCCGACAAACAUUUAUGACACUAGGGCCCUAUCAAGUAGACAAGGGAGACACAUUCCUGUGUUUUAAUCUGUCUCAUUUGUCCUCUGUCGACCGCUUCCGUCCUUAUUACUUCAAGUGGAGGGUUUAUGGGCAGGUCCCUCUGUUUUUGUCAAAACACCAGUGGGAGGGUUAAAUGUCGAUGCGUACUAAUAUUACGUCAGAGUUCUGUUUCUUUUGUUGUUAGCAAACAAAGAUGUUUCGGAACAAGUUGACUUAGUUUUCUUUCGACUACAUCUUCUGCCCACACCGAGAUGAGGCACCUGGUCUCACUAGAUGGCCAACCAUGAUUUAUUGCUUCUUUUUUGUGUUUCAAAAUAAACUUUCUGCUUCAGCCCAGCAAAACUUAAAUGCCAUCUGACCAGCACGCUUCCCGACAACACGUCCCACAAUGAUAACGUAUUAGGUCAGUAGGCGGUCGUAAGUGGCUGUUCGAAAGCAUUCGACCACAUGAGCUCCUACACUACGAAAGCAAUCCGGUUUCCAGCGAAUGUGUUUUUCGACUACCUCUGGAAGAGGCUAAAAUUGGACAAGCUGGAAAUGUUUUAGACCCCGUUUACACCUGUAUUUAACGUUGUCCACUUGUGAUCGGAUCAACUAAAAAAAAAAUAUUAAUACCAGGUGUAAACAGGGCCUAUAUUCAACAACAACAGUUUGUGCCAUGUGUCAUACGUCAUUAUACCUUUUCUACAUCAUCGUACAUGUGCAGAAUUCAGUUUUCCAUCCGAUAAAGUGUUUACAUAUCGUGCAAAUUAGAAAAGGUAAGGAGGAUACAAAUUAGGUUAUAUGUAUGUUUUAUGAAUAAUUUUCUUAGACAAGUGAAUUUACUAAAAAAUACCAGGAAAGCUAGGUAACUAACAUUCACAAUAUGUGAACAUUCAUUAUUAAUCUAAUGCCUAAUAUGCUGAAAACACCUCAUUGACAAUUACAUUAUGUAAACAUUCAGUUGAACGUGUCAAAAUAAGACAAAGUUUAUUUGCAUAGCUGAUCAAUUCUGUCAGUUGUUUAACAUUCCUAUCGCAAAACAACUUUCACAUAUUAAAUGUUUCAUUUAGCUGAAUUCUCAACUGAAUUGUCGCUCUGUAAUUCAUGCUAUAGCAGCCUCUGUGAACAGUAAAGCCCACCUACUUUGAUUUGAUUGGUCAUCUCAAACAUUUUGGCAUUGGAGAGCGCUAUUAGAUCACUGAGACAGCUCAUGAGAAAGUCUGUUAUCUUGCUGUUGUGCAAUAUCCUUGCAGCAUUAAAGUAAAGUUAAUAUCGGACAGUUAUUUCACAGCUUCACUUAUAUAUAGCUCUGGAAAAAUAAUACAGAGGCGGGUAUGGCCAUGAUUUAGUUUGCAGUUUAGUUUAUGCAUUUUGUGCACUGUCGAUGAAAAAUAGCAGUAAAGCUUGCCAGAAAAUACCCAAUUAGCACAUUUAAGAGACGGAUUUGUGUGACUAAACUACAUUUCCCAUCAUCCUCUGUAGCAGCACAAGAAUGCUGAAAUACAUAAGACAACGAUUAGAGAGAAAUAUGAUGCUGUCAAGAAAAUCAAUUUUAUUGCAACUAAAAUCUCAUAAAUAGGACCUUGAUCUCAUAAAUAGGAACUUCCCAGGAGAACCUGAAUGCAAAAAUGCUGCUCCAGUUGGGUAAAUCACAUUAAGUGCAAAUUCUCAGCUCACAGAAAGAUACUAAAACAGUUUUAAUUAAUUUUCAACCAAUCACUUGACCUGACGGCUGACUGAAUUGACUGACUGACCCGUCCAUCCAUUGUGUCGGACAGAGAACCGUGUAGUUUCUAAUUGUGUCUUUACACCACGUUUCCUUUUCACUUACUUGUCCGGGGCUGUUGGGACAUGAUGGCUGCACUCAGGACCGGAAGCGCAGCUACAAAGCAGUGCAGUCAUGUGAGGAAGGGGUGACAUCUGGAGAGGCCCUCGCGGCCUUGGCUCAGAACUCAACAUACAUGCACAAUGUGCUGGGGCCCGCCUGCAUCUUCCUCCGCAAGGGCUUCGCUGAGAGCCGGAAGGCUAACAGAGAGCUGAGACCAGAGGAAAUGGAUGAGCUACGAGAAGCCUUCAAAGAGUUUGAUAAAGACAAAGACGGCUUCAUUGGCUGCAAAGACCUGGGGAACUGCAUGAGAACCAUGGGAUACAUGCCCACUGAGAUGGAGCUCAUCGAACUGAGCCAGCAGAUCAACAUGAACCUCGGGGGACAUGUGGAUUUUGAGGACUUUGUGGAGUUGAUGGGCCCCAAACUUCUGGCUGAGACGGCAGAUAUGAUCGGAGUAAAGGAAUUGAGAGACGCUUUCAAAGAGUUUGACACCAACGGAGACGGUCAGAUCAGUACAGCAGAACUAAGAGAGGCCAUGAAGAAACUGCUGGGCCAGCAGGUGGGUCACAGAGAUCUGGAGGACAUUCUGCGGGACAUCGAUUUAAACGGAGACGGGCACGUCGACUUUGAAGAUAACCGCUCUAAGUCUUCUGUAAUGCCUGAUGAAUUUGGAGAACACCUAAAUCAGAGACCAUUCCUUCAUGCAGAAUCUCUCCAGAUCCUUCAGAUUCCCAGCUCCAUGUCGGUGCUUCUUCUCUUCAGUUCACUCCACUCAUUUUCUUUAGGGUUCAGGUCAGGGGACUGGGAUGGCCAUGGCAGAAGCUUCAUUUUGUGCUCAGUGACACAUUUUUGUGUUGGUUUUGAUGUUUGUUUUGGAUCAUUGUCCUGAUGGAAGAUCCAAUCACGGCCCAUUAUAAGAUUUCUAGCAGAAGCAGUCAGGUUUUGAUUUUUUUUAUCUGUUGGUAUUUGAUAGAAUCCAUGAUACCAUGUAUCUGACAAGAUGUCCAGGACCUCCAGCAGAAAAAUAGGCCCACAACAUUAAAGAUCCAGCAGUAUAUUUAACCGUGGGCAUGGGGUACUUUUUAUCCAUGUGUGCGCCAAACCCAUCUGGUGGGUUUGCUGCCAAAAAGCUCUUGUUUUAGUUUCAUCUGACCAUAGAAGCCGGUCCCUUUUGAAGUUCCAGUCUUGUCUGACAACUGAAUAUGCUGGAGAUUGUUUCUGGAUGAGAGCAGAGGAUUUUUCUUGAAACCCCCCCGAACAACUGUUUGAUCAUUUUUUUUAGGCUUUCUGAGACUCAAGACUCAACUAAUCUCUGCAAUUCUCCAGCUGUGAUCCUUGGAGAGUCUUUGGCCACUCAAACUUUCCUCCUCCAUGCAUUAGGACGAUUUAGACACACGUCCUCUUCCAGGCAGAUUUGUAACAUCUUUAGUUGAUUGGAACUUCUUAAUUAUUGCCCUGAUGGUGGAAAUGGGGAUUAUCAAUGCGUUAGCUUUUUUCUUAUAGCCAUUUUCUAUUUUGUGAAGCUCAAUCUUUUGCUGCACAUCAAAACUAUAUUCUUUGGUUUUUCUCAUUGCAAUAAAUGAUUAUGAGAAUUUGGCCUUUGUGUUUCCUCAUGUUUAUACUCCUGUGGAACAGGAAGUCAUGGCUGGACAAUUUCAUAUUCAUGAUCACCCUGGUAUGCUAAAAAUGUAAAUAUGAAUGGGAAUAUACUUCAGAGAUAUUUUACUUAUAAGAAUUUCUAGGGGUGCCA